AGGUGUGUCCUACCUGUGUUUUGGAGGGUUUCGAACACGGAAGUUUUUUCCGAGAGCCACGGAUCGUUUUACCUGACACGCACACACCCAGAGAAAGAGAGAGGCUGCGCUGAAACAACACAAACUCCAGUGUGUCCUGGCUGCGACCGUCUGAAACUUCUCGCUUUAGCUUGAGGGGACCUCCAGAGCCGAGUCCCCCCCCCCAGCGGGAGUCCGAUCCGAUGGCAUCGGCCGGCGGACCCACGCAGGCGGGCGGCCCGGGCCCGGCGCAGGCAGCGGGGCUCGGGGACCAGUCGAUCCACGGCAGCGCAGAGAAGCUGAGCCCGUCCGCGGUCAACCGCAUCCUCAUGGAGGUGCUCAUGUACUUCGGCCGGGCCAUCUUCGUCUUCUACCCGGUGUACCUGACCGGGUACCUGGGCCUCAGCGUCAGCUGGGUGCUGCUGUGCAUGGUGAUGGCGACCUGGUGGAAGAAGAACCGCCAGUGGAAGGACGCGCGCUUCGGAACCGCCAUCGACUUUGUGGACAACGAGACCCACGUGAUCAACAAGGAGCUGCAGGGUGGUCUGCAGAUGGCAACAUGGGUCCAUUUCCGGGAUGUUGAGAAAGUUGACUGGGUUAACAAGGUGUUGGACCAGGCCUGGCCUUUCUUUGGGAUGUACAUGGAGAAGCUCCUGAAAGAGAACAUCCAGCCGGCUGUCAGACUCUCCAACCCCGCGCUCAGAAUGUUCUCUUUCACUAAAGUCCACUUUGGACACAAACCUCUCAGGAUCACUGGGAUUCAAGCCUACACCCAUGAAGUGGAUCAGAGGGAGGUGGUUCUGGACAUGAACGUAAGCUAUGACGGCGAUGUGGACAUCGACACUGUGGUGAAGCCGCCCGUCACAGCCGGCGUCAAAGGCCUUAAGCUCCAAGGGAUGCUGAGGGUCAUUCUGGAGCCUCUCAUUGGUGAAGCACCAUUAGUUGGAGGAGUCACCUUCUUUUUCAUCCGCCGCCCGACCCUACAAAUCAACUGGACAGGUAUGACCAACUUCCUGGACAGUCCUGCCUUCAGUUCGUUGUCUGAGGAGACCAUCGUGGACAUCAUCGCCUCGCUCAUGGUGCUGCCAAAUCGCAUGUGCAUUCCUCUCAUAGACCAGGUCAAAGUGGACCAGAUGAGGUUCCCACUACCUCGAGGCGUGGUGAGGGUCCACCUGCUGGAGGCCAGAGACCUGGUGGCGAAGGACACGUACAUGAUGGGUUUAGUCAAAGGCAAAUCAGACCCCUACGCCACGCUCAGAGUCGGCAACAGUCAUUUCAAAAGCAAGACCAUCAAAGAGAAUUUGAGCCCAACAUGGAACGAAGUGUUUGAGUUUGUUGUCCAUGAGGCGCCGGGGCAGGAGCUGGAGUUGGAGGUGUUUGAUGAGGACACAGACAAAGAUGAUCGCCUCGGAGGGUACAACCUUGAUUUUGGACAAGUGAAGAAGGAGAAGGAAAUGGAUCAGUGGUUUCCUCUGGAGGGCGUCCAGAAUGGAGAAGUUCAUCUCAAGCUCCAGUGGCUUUCACUUAGCACUGACCUCAGCCUGCUGAGUGAGCCCACAGACGGCCGUGCCUGUGCGAUGCUCGCGGUGUACCUGGACAACGCCUCCAACCUGCCUAAAGACCACAGUGAGUUCACCGAGAAUCAGAAACACGGGAAGCACUCGAAGGAAGCUCGGCUCACCAGGAGAACUCCCGAUCCCAACUCCUUUGUGGAAUUUUCCAUUGAUAAGGAUGUUCAGAAAAGCAAGGUUGUGUUUGCGUCCAAAGACCCAGUGUGGGAGGAGGGCUUCACCUUCUUUGUGCAUAAUGUGAAAACACAGCAGCUUUGCAGGUUUGUGAAGGAGCCUGAGAAGAAGACUCCGCUUGGCGUUCUGAACCUGCCCCUGAGUCGCCUCCUCAACACCUCAGGCAUGAGUCUGGACCAGCGCUUCCUGCUGGAGCGCUCUGGAGCAAACAGCCAGAUUAAACUGAAGGUCACUCUCAGGGUUCUUACUAAGGAAAAGCCUCCACCCAAGAUUAUCCCCAGUCCCCCCCCACAAGUCAAUCAACAAAAUGCACAGGCCAACCAAGGGGGUGAGGGCUCUGCGUCCUCUGCCUCCGCCGCUGCCUCCUCCGCUCCAGGAGUUUCCAACAACAAUCCUGCCGCCAAAGCCUCAUCUUCCAACCAAGCAGCUGAUUCCCAGAUGGUCCCCAAUGAAGAUUAUUUUGCCUAA